AAGGGGAGGAGCCUCAUGAGCCAGGAGGCGGGGCGAGGGUCCCCCCCGCCCUCCCGGCCUGGAGGAGGGGCUCAUGAAUAAUGCACCAAUCUGGUUGGGUUAAUAAUACAUGAGGGGAGGGGCUUAGGGCGCAUUGCUGCAGCGAGCGGGCUGGGCAGAGCAGAGAUCCAGGCUCCUUGGUGUCUCGCCCGGCUCCCCGGUGCCGCAGUGCCAGGGCCCGUGUCCCGCCGCGUGAAAGCCCCCCCCCCCCCCCCCCCGUGCGCACAGACUAGCCAGGGCCCCGCCGGAGGCUGCAGGAUGUCUCGGCCGCUGUCGGAUUAUGAGAAAAGGAAGCAGAUCAGCGUGCGGGGCCUGGCCGGGGUGGAGAAUGUCUCCGACCUCAAGAAGAACUUCAACCGGCACCUGCACUUCACGCUGGUGAAGGACCGGAACGUGGCCACCCCCCGGGACUACUACUUCGCCCUGGCGCACACGGUGCGCGACCACCUGGUGGGCAGGUGGAUCCGCACCCAGCAGUACUACUACGAGAAGGACCCCAAGCGCAUCUAUUACCUGUCGCUGGAGUUCUACAUGGGCCGCACCCUGCAGAACACCAUGGUGAACCUGGGGCUGCAGAACGCCUGUGAUGAGGCCACCUACCAGCUGGGCCUGGACAUGGAGGAACUGCAGGAGAUCGAGGAGGACGCUGGGCUGGGGAACGGGGGCUUGGGGCGCCUGGCAGCCUGUUUCCUGGACUCCAUGGCCUCCCUGGGACUGGCCGCUUAUGGCUAUGGCAUCCGCUAUGAGUUUGGCAUCUUCAACCAGAAGAUCUCUGGGGGCUGGCAGGUGGAGGAGGCUGAUGAUUGGCUGCGCUAUGGCAAUCCCUGGGAGAAGGCCCGUCCUGAGUACAUGAUCCCAGUGCACUUCUAUGGGCGCGUGGACCACGGGCCUGAUGGCACCAAGUGGAUCGACACGCAGGUGAUCCUGGCUCUUCCCUAUGAUACGCCCAUACCUGGUUACCGCAACAACACUGUCAACACCAUGCGCCUCUGGUCUGCCCGGGCCCCCAACGAGUUCAACCUCAAGGACUUUAACGUUGGUGGUUACAUCCAAGCUGUGCUGGACAGGAACUUGGCCGAGAACAUUUCUCGGGUGCUGUACCCCAACGACAACUUCUUCGAGGGCAAGGAGCUGCGUCUGAAGCAGGAGUACUUUGUGGUGGCGGCCACUCUGCAGGACAUCAUCCGCCGCUUCAAAUCCUCGAAAUUCGGCAGUCGGGACCCCGUCCGCACCUCCUUUGAGGCCUUCCCUGACAAGGUUGCUAUCCAGCUGAACGACACUCACCCCUCCCUGGCCAUCCCUGAGCUCAUGAGGGUGCUGGUUGAUACCGAGAAACUGGACUGGGACAAGGCCUGGGACAUCACAGUGCGGACCUGCGCCUACACCAACCACACAGUGCUGCCUGAGGCCCUGGAGCGCUGGCCGGUCCAUCUCUUGGAAACCCUCCUGCCCCGGCACCUGGAGAUCAUCUAUGAAAUUAACCAGAGAUUCCUUGAUAGAGUCAAUGCCAUGUACCCUGGGGACUUAGACCGACUGCGGCGCAUGUCCUUAGUGGAGGAGGGCAGCAUCAAGAGGAUCAACAUGGCACACCUCUGCAUCGUGGGCUCCCAUGUCAUCAACGGGGUCGCCCGCAUCCACUCCGACAUCCUCAAGAAGACUGUUUUCAAGGAUUUCUAUGAGCUUGAGCCGCACAAAUUCCAGAACAAAACCAAUGGGAUCACACCUCGGCGCUGGCUGGUUCUGUGCAACCCAGGGCUGGCUGAGGUCAUUGCUGAGCGUAUCGGGGAGGAAUACAUCUCUGACCUCGACCAUCUGAAAAAGCUUCUGGCCUUCGUGGACGAUGAGGGAUUUAUCCGGGACGUUGCCAAAAUUAAACAGGAGAACAAGCUGAAGUUCGCCGCCUAUCUGGAGGAGGAGUACAAGGUGAAGAUCAACCCGAACUCCCUCUUCGACGUGCAGGUGAAAAGGAUCCAUGAGUACAAGAGGCAGUUGCUCAACUGCCUCCACGUCAUCACCCUCUACAACCGGAUCAAGAAGGAGCCCAACCAGUAUUUUGUGCCACGCACCGUCAUGAUCGGCGGCAAGGCUGCCCCUGGCUACCACAUGGCCAAGAUGAUCAUUAAGCUGGUCACGGCCAUCGGGGACGUCAUCAACAACGACCCCGUCAUCGGCGACCGCCUCAAGAUGAUCUUCUUGGAAAACUACCGCGUCUCCCUGGCUGAGAAGGUGGUCCCGGCGGCCGACCUGUCCGAGCAGAUCUCCACGGCCGGCACGGAGGCCUCAGGCACCGGCAACAUGAAGUUCAUGCUGAAUGGGGCGCUGACCAUCGGCACCAUGGAUGGCGCCAACGUGGAGAUGGCAGAGGAGGCGGGCGAGGAGAACUUCUUCAUCUUCGGCAUGCGGGUGGAAGACGUGGAAGAGAUGGACAGAAAAGGCUACUGUGCCAAGGACUAUUACGACCGCAUCCCGGAGCUCAGACAGGUGAUAGACCAGCUGAGCAGCGGCUUCUUCUCCCCCAAACAGCCCGAGCUCUUCAAGGACAUUGUCAACAUGCUGAUGAACAAUGACAGGUUCAAAGUGUUUGCGGAUUACGAAGCCUACAUCAAAUGCCAGGAGAAUGUCAGCGCCCUCUACAGGAACACAAAGGAAUGGACCAAGAAGGUCAUUAAAAACAUCGCCACCUCGGGCAAGUUCUCCAGUGACCGCACCAUCACGCAGUACGCCCGUGAGAUCUGGGGUGUCGAGCCCACCCGCCACAAAAUCCCUGCACCUGACGAUCCCCGUGAAUAACCCCCCUGAGGCCUGCCCAACCUUGCCCCCAUCACCAACUAAGCGCCACCGGGUGCCAGCAAACAGACGCUGCGCUGGCUUCCCCCAGAUGCUCAGCCUGUCCCCCAUUGUGUGUGGGGACCUUUCCCCCUUUCUCUGUGUGGGGGAUCCCCCCUGUACCCUGCCCAGGGAGAACUGGCCACUUCCUCCUGCCUCUGCCUAGUUGAGGAUAAGCAGAGGGCCAUUUGGAUUCCUGUAGCCCCCCCCCCAAAUUUCCCCUUCUCUCUUCCCCCAUAACAUGCUAUUUAUUUAAGGCUGAGAAAUUCCCCCCCCUUUAUAAACCACCACCCAACCCAUUUAGUGGGUGAACACCCAGCUAUGUUUUGGGACACACCCAUUCUUUAGGUUUAAAUCCCAUGGUCCCCUAUCAAUUAACGAGGCAGAAGGUGUGCCAGUUCCCUAGGGGAGGGAAGGGAGACAUGGGAGCCUGUGACCCUCUUCCUAGCACACCAUUUUUGUACCCCGCUCCACCCCCCAGCUUUGUGUGUGAUGAUCUGCGGUGGGGUGCCCUGCCUCUGCUACCCUGAUGUGGUUUUAAAUUUGGGGGAUCAGUCCCCACCUACUGGAGACUUUUAAAAUAAACAGAGUCACUCCACCUACCCCCCAGCUUACAUCUCUGUCCAUACAUCCGUCCCCCUGCCCCGCAUUCACCCCCAGGCGGUAUCAGUGCCUAGUGCUAACCCCCACAUCGCUCAUUGCUACCACUUGAAGUGUUGUGUGUGUUUUUUUUUCUUCCUGGUUUGGGGGAAGCUGGCGGGUGUGGGUGUCAGGACUCCUGGGUUCUAUUCCCAGCUCUGGGAGGGGAGUAGGAUCUAGUAGUUAGACCAAAGGGGGAAAGAGAAUCAGGACUCCUGCAUUAUAUCCCUAGCCCUAUUGCUGUACCUCAGUGAAUACUGUUUUUCCUAGGCCAUAAGACUCCUAUCCCACAGCCAGUAGAACCCAGGUGUCCUGCCAUGUACUUGCUGGCUGUUUAGGGGGCAUUUUUGUUUGUUGUUUUUAGGGGUCCUUUAUAACUUAUGGCAGGGAGCCUGUACAAAUACCCCAUGACUUUCAACUCUUAAUGUGGGGCAGGUGGAAUGGAACAGGCUGGGGCUUUGUUGGUAAUUUUAAUGAUGGCCAUAUAUGUGUGUGUCCCAGCCACCGCCCGCACUGGGUGGGGAGUCCUAGGAACUGUGGGGUAUACUGUUCCCCCCCCCCCGUUUUCCCCAGCAGUGGAGGGUUUGGGGCUGUGAGCCAGCAAUAAAGAUGACACUAAAUACUC